CCGCUUUACUUAGAACUCAGUUAAGGGCACAGGUACGCGCUAUUCUCACCGGAGAGGUUCAAGAUCUGUCCUCGCUGCCGCUGAUAUACAACCGGGGCGCUUGGCUGGAAGAGCACAGCUAGGCGACCGCAGAGCGCUAGCACACGCACAGCGAGCAGAGCGACCAACCAUGGUGAAGAUGAAGAAGGGCGACCGGGGGCGCCAGGCGUGGCACGACACGGUGUCGCAGCUGGCGCGCGAGACGGGCGCGGCCGUGCCGGGCAACUCGCCGCAGAAGCGCCGCGAGACGCGGAAGCGCGUCGCGAAGCAGACCAAGGCCGCGAGCCGCUGGAUCGACGACGCGGGCCUCGACGCCCGAGACCUGACGGCCUGGGCGCGCGUCGACGCCAUGCUCGACGCGCCGAAGACGUCGCACCUCAUCGCGCUCGACGCGGACGACAGCGACGGCGGCGAGUACCGCGAGGACUCGCACUCCGACGUCGACAUGGACGAGGACGAGCGGCGGGCCGCGCGGCGCGCCAAGAAGAAGGACGCGCCGAAGAAGAGCCGCGAGCGCAAGGCCCCCACGAAACGCAAGAAGAAGCGGAACCCCGAGGAGGAGCGGCGGCGCCAGCGGCACCGCCAGCGCGUCCUGAGCCAGGUGCUGCUCGACGACUUCGCGCCGAGCCGCGGCGCGCCGGCGCCGCGGGGCGCGGACUACGUCGGCGCGGCGGCGCGCGCGCCGCGGCCCGCGCGCGCGCCGCACCGCGUCUGCGUCGUGACGGGCAAGGCCGCGAAGUAUCGCGACGCGGCGACGAACCAGUUCUUCGCCAACGCCGACGCCGGCGCGCUGUUGCGGGAGAACCCGCCGCCCUGGCUGCGCCUCGGCAAGCACGGCAGCGCGUACCACGAGGCCAUGCUCCAGAUCCGGAGCGAGCGCGAGGACGCGGGGGAAUCGGCGAAGGCGACGGCGGCCGCGCCGCGCCUUAACACCGACGGAUCGCCGCUCGCGCCGGGCCAGAAACCGGGGGACCCGGAUCCUCCCGGAUACUUCAGGGGGCGGAAGUUCGACUAG